AUGCCUGAAUAUGAAUCAAUAGCAUCAACUGUGUUAUUACAAACUGAAAUUAUUGUAGUUAUAUGGCUUGCAACUGAAUUUAUAUUACGUGUAUGGAGUGCAGGUUGCCGUUCUCGUUAUCAAACAGUAAUGGGUCGUUUACGUUUUAUGAAAAAACCUUUUUGUGCUCUUGAUUUUAUUGUAAUUAUGGCAACUGUCGUAACACUUUGUCUAAAUAGUCGAGGUGGUAAUGGAGUUUUUGCUGCAUCAGCAUUACGUGGUUUACGUUUUUUUCAAAUUCUUCGUAUGUUAAGAAUGGAUCGUCGUGGUGGUACUUGGAAAUUAUUAGGUUCUGUUGUUUAUGCUCAUAGACAAGAACUUAUAACAACAAUUUAUAUUGAAUUUUUAGUACUUAUUUUUUCAUCAUUUAUUAUGUUUCUUGUUGAAAAAGAUAGUAUUAUUGAAACAAAAGAAAGAUUAAUUCAUAAUACAACAAAUCUAAUGACAUCAAGUUCAAUAACAAAUUUAAUUGAAACUGAUCGACAUAAAUUUGAAACAUUUGCUGAUGCAUUAUGGUGGGGAAUUAUUACAUUAUGUACAGUAGGAUAUGGUGAUAAAGUACCAUCAUCAUAUAUUGGUAAAUUACUUGCUGCUAUAUGUUCAUUUAUUGGUAUUAGUUUCUUUGCUCUACCUGCGGGUAUUCUUGGUUCUGGUUUUGCAUUAAAAGUUCAACAACAACAACGUCAAAAACAUUAUAAACGACGAAAGAUUCCUGCAGUUUUAUUAAUACAAAAUCUAUGGCGUGUCUAUGCAGCUGAUGAAAAAUCUCUGUCAAAAGCAACUUGGAAAGUACAUGUACGUCCACCGCGUAAAGAAACUAAUGUUACUACAACAUCACAAACAAAUCCUCAUCCAGUCUCAUUUAGAAUGCGUAAUAAUCAGUCAUUUUUAAAUCGAGUCAGUUUUCGACGACGCACACCAACACGAGAAACUGCAACGAUUCCUCUAACUAAUUCUAAUAGAAGUAAUAGUCCCAAUAUAAAAUCUGUACCAAAUUCAACAGUAGCUGCAAUGCGUUCUUGUAUUGAUACACUUUCAGAAACAGUUAGUAUCACACCAUCAGCAUGCAUGAACGUACCACAAGAAGUAUCCUCAUCCGAGGGUGAAGAUGAUCAUUUAUAUUAUGCAAAUGAUGUUCAAUCAUUAACACCAACACAUCGACAUACAAUUCGAUUUAUACGAAAAGUUAAAUAUUUUGUAGCAAGACGAAAAUUUCGUGAAGCUUUACGUCCAUAUGAUGUUACUGAUGUUAUAGAACAAUAUUCAACAGGCAAUGUUGAUAUGCUUGCUAGAAUGAAAUAUCUUCAAGCUAGAUUGGAUAAAGUAUUGGGUACAUCGAAAUCAAUUGAUAAUUAUGAAUCAGGCCCAAGUCUAACAUCGAGAAUAUGUAAAAUUGAAAGACAGGUAGAAAGUUUGGAUAUGAAAGUAGAUAGACUCUGUCAAUUGACUAAUAGUUUAUUAGAAUGUAGUAUUCGACAUCAAACCUCAACUCCAACUCCAACAGGACCUCUCACCAUAAAUCAUACUCGAGCUGGUAAUCGUUUUUAUGCCUAUCGUCGUCAACGACGACGAAAUCAUCCUCGAACCAUGAUAUCGGCAUCAUCACAAUCACCACAACCAGUACAAACGUCAUUGAUACAUAAUUCAUCUCCAACAAAUUUAACACAACCAUCUGUACAUUCAUCAUUAUCAGCAAGAGAUCCAUCCCGUGAAAGUCUUGUUAGCCUCUAUUGGCUCUUUCAAGAUAAUAUGAAUUCCUCAAGAACUCAUUAUGUUUAA